AUUUAGAUUAGAUUGUCAAAAAUAAAGUAGGUGUCAAAAGAUAACUUGAAUAUAAUUUUAUCAUUAAAAAUAAAUUAGUCUACAGUUGGAUAAACAACUCCUGCCUUUGCGAUAAUAACUUAAUUAAUUGCUUUGAAAGAAAUAAUGGCGGAACCUGUAGAGCCUCCCCCUUUAUUCGAAAAUAUCGAUAUACUGGCUCAAAGUAAAGACGACGACGAUCUUUUUGUAUCCGCUCAUCAAGAUUCCGUUCAAGAUGAACUCGAGCCGACUGUACCGCCCAGGUUAGCUGUUUCUGAUCUGAAAGAGGAACUGGAAAAUAUUCCUAUUAACAACCACUCGAUCUUGUCACCAAGUAUGGAGCAGGUAAGCCCACAAGAAGAGAUGGAGAAGGAAGAUGAAUUUUUGGAUAUCAGCAUUACUGAACCACAGAAAAUAGGUGAUGGUAUGGGAGCUUAUAUGGCUUACAGAGUAACAACAAAAACAAAUAUGCCAAUGUUUAAGAAAAAAGAAUUUGCUGUCUCCAGAAGAUUUAGUGAUUUUCUUGGUCUGCAUGAUAAAUUAACUGAGAAGUAUUUGAAAGUUGGUAGGAUUAUUCCUCCUGCACCAGAAAAGAGUGUUAUUGGUAUGACCAAAAUCAAGAUGUCAAGUCAAGAUGGUCCUACAACUAACGGAAAUGAUUUCGUUGAAAGAAGAAGGGCUUCUCUAGAACGAUAUCUUAAGAGAACCGCCCAGCAUCCCGUCCUAGUUUUAGAUCCAGAUUUUCGAGAUUUUCUUGAAUCAGAUAUCGAGUUACCAAAAGCAACAAGUACAUCUGCUCUGAGUAGUGCUGGUGUCAUGAGGUUAUUUAAUAAAGUAGGGGAAACAGUUAACAAAAUAACAUAUAAAAUGGAUGAAACUGAUCCUUGGUUCGAAGAGAAAUUAAAUCAUGUAGAAGCGCUUGAAAUGCAGUUGAGAAAACUUCAUGCUAGCGUUGAAGCAAUGGUGUCUUACAGAAAAGAAUUAGCCAAUCUAACUAAUGGUGUUUCCAGAUCUGCUGCUAUGUUGAGUGCUUGUGAAGAUCAUAAUUCUCUUUCUAGAGCUCUGUCUCAGCUGGCUGAUACAGAAGAGAAGGUUGAAGCCCUUCACAUAGAACAAGCCAAUACGGAUUUCUUUAUAUUUUGCGAAUUACUCAAAGAUUAUUUGGGUUUGUUGGGUGCAGUAAGGGAUGCCUUCCACGAGAGAACUAAGUUGUUCCAACAUUGGCAGCACGCUCAGCAAAUGUUGGCCAAAAAGAGAGAAAACAAAGCAAAGGUGAAAAUUGCAGGAGGAAAUGAUAAAGCGGAACAAACCAAUGCAGAACUUGUCGAGUGGGAGUCCAAAGUCGAACGGGGACAAGAAAACUUCGAUAGAAUAUCUCAGAUGAUAAAGAAAGAAAUGGAAAGGUUUGAGAAGUGCAGAGUCCAAGAAUUUAAAACUAUGUUUAUCAAGUAUUUAGAGAAUCAUAUGGAACACCAAGCCCAGCUUGUUAAAUACUGGGAGGCAUUUUUACCAGAAGCCAAAGCGAUUGCCUGACUGGAGGAUAUUUGUAAAGAAUAGCAGCAUGUACAUUCCUAUUGGAGAUUUCCAGAAAUAUAGAAACAUACGUAGAUAAUCGGGAAUCUCACAAUAUUCUUUAUCAAUGUUGAUUUUUAUUCUUCUGUAAAUAUCGAUGAAAACAUUUUGAAGAACUUAUUAUUGUGAAUUGAUAUCAUUGGCAAAUGUCUACACAAGCAAAUUUUAAUUAAGGGAUUAUUUUUUAAGACGGUUCCACUAUACAGUGAUGAGCGCGCUAAUAACCGGAAAAUAGCAUAAAAGAUGGAAAACGUAUUAAGUUGUGAGAUAAAAAGAAAUGAAAUAGUCGAGCUGGGAAAUUUAGCGAUAUUAACCUAUGAAUUUACAUUAUAUUGAUUGUUUCCCACCUUUAGACGCAUCGGAUGAGUUUGGCAACUGCCACUGUCACAGUGACAGUUUUAGUUGACAUACUCAUCUGAUACGUGUAAAGAUGGGAAAAAAAUCAAUAUAAUGUAAAUUCAUAUGUUAAUAUCGCUAAAUUUACCAGCUCGACUAGUUUCAUUUCUUUUUAUCUCACAACUUAAUAUGUUUUCCAUCUUUUGUGCUAUUUUGCCGGUUAUUAGCGCGCUCAUCACUGUAUAUGAUUUAUAUGAAUAGUACUGCUGCAAAUUUUUCAGAAAACUAAAAACAAAUACUAAAAAUGUAUAUUUAAAUGUACAUUUUAUAAAGGGAUGUAGAUCUGUUAUGAUUAUUAAAUUAUUCAUUAAAAGUAUCAUUUACUGAAUAGUAAAUAUUUAGAUUUUUAAAUUUAGCAUAUAUAUACAUUUUUCCUAUUUGCUAAGAUCUCCAUUACUUUAAGGAAACUUCAACAUUUUGCUUUUUAAGUCAAGAUAUUUUAUACAUGUAAUCAGCGGGGAGUAGUGUUAAUAUUAUUAAUGUCCGACUGGUAUAUUAUUUGACAAAUAAUGACAUGAUUUCGAAGUCAGUUAAGUAUGAUAUAAUGUCCUAGGACGUUAUUUGGAAAAAUAACGCCCUAGGAUAUUAAAUUUAAAAAGCUAAUCAAAUACUGUCAAGUUGACAAAUAACAACCUAAGUAAAACUAUGGUUACCACAAUUACGUUACGACUAUAGCUUGUAAAUGUACUUAUUUGAAAACUAAAUAAUUCAAAAUUCAUUCAAAUUUUUUGUAUAUAAAGAAUAAUUUAUUCGGACAUUAAACGUUGAAGGCACCACGGGUAUUAUAGAUAAUAACGCUUUCGGUCAACGUAUAUAUCCCUCGGGCCAACGGUCUUUGGUAUAUACACCAUUGACCUCAAGCGUUAUUAUCCUUAUAAUACCCUUGGUACCUUAAUAACUAUAAUUAAUUAAUAAAAGUCCUAUAAAUUAAAAUAUGCAACAGGUACAUAGUAUAAUAGAUACAGAAAUUUUUAUCCUCGAAUUUGGAAUUUGACAGUACCAUUAUUUGUCCUUUUGGAGAAAUAUAUAUGUGUGGAAUCGUCUUAAUUCAUUCAAUUAGUCCCUUCCGCUAUAUUAUAAAGUGACACUUGAAUUUAAAACACCCCUAUAAAAUUUAGUACACCACUGUAAAAUUAUUCUGAUUUCAACUAUUGUUUAAAAUAUUAUCAAGUAUCCAAAGCUGACAAAAUUAAAAAGCUUAAUUCAAACUUUUAGGGUAUACUUCAAAAGUAUUUCAAUUGACUUAAAUUGUAUAAGAAUAUAUUUAUUAAUGUCGAAGUUAGAAUAACUUAAAAUUCGGAAACCACCUAAACCUCGAGUUGACUUCAAUUUGAUACGUGUCAAAUACUGUUUCACUUCGGUGUGAGACGAUCGAGCCGAUUUUAUCUGAGGUACGUUCAGCUGAGGGCACGAUCGAGCCGAAGUUACUCGGAUGGUCAGUUGUGCGACUGUGCAGCCCAGGCUAGGGAUGGCGGUUUUUGAGAAAACACCGGUUUUCGGUUAAACCGGUUUUAUUUACUUACGGUUUAACCUGUCGGUUAUAACCGAUCAAAAAAACCGGUUAUUCCAAAAACCGGUUUACGGUUAUUUUAAUCAAUAUUCAACACCCAAUUGGUAACAACGUUACAUUUACAUUGCACUUUAGUUUGUGAUACUCCACAUGUCUAUUUUCAAUAUAAAAUCUCUAACAGUUUUCGAUAUAUUGGAAAAAAUCUAUUUUCAUUUGAUAACUUCAAAGGGCUGUAAAUUUUUUUGGUUCAAUCCAUCUAUUUUUGGUCCCAAAAUAUAUGAUUUAAUUUAUGACCUACCGUUAUAAUAAACUAACUCAAUAAAAAUUUCGGAUCCAAAUCAUAUCAAAUAAUUGCAAAAUACAAAUGAAGGGCUUAAUGUGAAACACUGACAAGCCUCAAAAAGGUAAAAGUGAGAUAUUUGACUUUAAAUGUUAAAAAUAAUAUUAAAAAAUCCAGUAACAACUUUAAUUGUUUUAGUUUAGAUAUUUCCAUGCAUCAUGCCCUAUGCCCCCUAUGGGGCUGUAGUUGACAACAAUACUAAUCAAAUUACUUGAAACUCAAGAAAAAACAGCCUUUAUUUAAAAAAAAUGUGGCUUGUUACAUCAUAACAUUAAUAAUAAAUACCCAAAUUUUAGAUAUACAUAUGUAGAUUCAGAAUUUUCUAUUAUUGACUGAGUUCGGGGUGGUUUCAACCCUAUAGGUGUUAAACAGUGUUUAUUUCUUUGUAUCCAUCAACUUGUUGGAAUUUUUGACGGGUGUGUUUGGAUUUUAUUGACGGACUUUGUUCAUUAUCCUACAACCAAAUGCAAUAAUAUAACAAGCCACGUCAUAAGCCACUACAUUAAUAUUGAAUGGUAAUAAUGCGACAAGCCACAUUUAGGAAAAAAUUACAUAUCGCUGGAUUUUCACUACUUGUGCCAUUUCUAGAUUGUACAUAGUCAGGGUCACGGUCACUGUCAUCGAAUGUCAAGUCAACUUUGCUAUUUUUCUUUCUAAAAUCGUCAGAACUCAAUAAUUAUCCGAAACGCUUCCGCCCAUGUUCGCCAUUUUGAUGUGGCUUGUCAUUAUGUCGAGUAGAUACUAGAACAAACUAGGCCUAUGCAAUAGUGUGGCCAUAGAUUUAUCGGGCCAUCUAUUAACGAAGGGCUGAGAUAAUUUGUUAGUGACUUGUUAUACUGUUAAUUUAACCAAGAAUAACACUAACUCUUUUUGAACUCAUGUGUGGCUUGUCAUUGUUUCACAUUAAGCCCUUCAAAUGGUAGUGAAAUUAGGUACCUUGGCACCAAUAUGUAUAAUAAUUAUAAAAACAAAAAUGUAACAUCAAAAAUAAAAACAAAUAACGAAGCAUUGUUAAAUUUCUGAAUUGGAUGUAUUAUUGUCCUAAAUGUUUUUGCAACGUUGUAUUUCUGAAAAACAAUAAUUCCUUUUUACACAACAUACACAAAACUCUUCAAUUUUUUCCAUUUUUUAAAGUGAUUUCACAGGAAUGAUUUUUUUCUUCUGGAUUUAUUAAUGAUAAAAUAUAAGCUUACUCUCGUUUGUGUCGGUAUAGCCUCUCUAUACAAUUACAUAUAUUACAACUAUGCAGACUGCACAGAUGAUUGAUACUAAUAUCUCUUUUAGCUAGGAUUCCCCAAUUCAAUAAACAAGAGGUGCUAAUUUUCAAGUUCAUCAAAACAGCCAAUUCAGCUUAUCACAUUUCUUAAACAUAUUAUUUUAGUGAGUUAUAACUAGGGUUACCAUAAUUUAUUAAGGCCAAAUCCGGACAGAGGUAGUCCAAGGGGUUGUAGAAAAUCUAAAAUGUGAAUUUAACUGUGUGUUGCUACCUCUACAUUGUGCAUACAGUGUGUUCCAACGAAAAUUUAACCCCCCCCCCCCCCCACACAAACUUAGAAACUGAGAGUUUCUUCACAAAAACACGUCAAUUUGUAUUGGAAGGGGGACGAAUUUUCAUGCAAAAUUCAUGCUCUCAAAUGUAACCCCCUACUGACCCCAGUGUUUUUUAAUUAGCAAGUGUAGUCGAGUUGCACAUCAUUUGAAAGGUAGUUUUUUUUCUCUACACGACCCUCUAUUUUUUUAAUUUGCUAAAUAACUUUAAAGACAGUUUUGGAUUUAACUAAUUUAUAAUACAUUUGUAAAGUUCAAAAUUAUCUUCAAACUUGUUAUGUAACUUGUUAUGUAAAUUAAAAAAAAAAUAUGAGUGUCGUGUAGAGAAAAAAAAAUACCUUUCAAGUGAUGUACCAUUCGAUCACACUUGCUAUUAAAAAAAAAAGUGGGGGUUGAUGCCGGGCAGUGGAGGGUUACAUUUGAGGACAUGAAUUUUGCAGGAAAAUUCGUUCCCCUCCCAUUAGAAAUUUACGUAUUUUUUUUUAAUUUUGAAGAAGCUCUUGGUUUCUGAGUUUCUGGGGUGGUCAGAUUUUCGAUUAAACAGACUGUAUAUGCGAAAUGCAGAUGGCACAAUUAAAAGUACAGCUGUUUCGCUACAAUAUGCAACUAACAUCGAAAAUCUUUGCCAGUUUAAAAUACAUAUAUACCUAUGUUUUAACAUACUUUAGACCUAGAACUUAACUGGGUGCUGCGCAGAAUGAAAUUUCCCACCGUUGGGCCAAGUGUUUUCCAUUUUUUUUAGUAAAGCAAAAAAUCCGGACAUUUCUCAUAUCCGGACGCCAAUCCGGACAUGCCUUUCAAAUCCGGACUGUCCGGAUGAAAUCCGGACGUAUGGUAACCCUAGUUAUAACGAAUAUAACAUUAAACAAAUCAAGAGUUAUUGAUGAAUUUAAGCAAACAAUAUUUCUUUUCUGAUUUUUUUUCUUAGAUAACUUAUCCGGUUUUUCACCGGUUAUUACUUAAAAAGAAAAAAAACCAGUUAAAACCGGGACAAAAAAACAACCGAUAAAACCGGUUUUAAGUUAAAACCGGCAGGUUUUUCCCAUCCCUAGCCCAAGCGUAAUGCAUUAAUAUACGAAAUAUGUUAGGUAAAGUCCGUGAUUGAUAAUACACAUUUAUAACAUUUAUUCUAACAUGACAUUUUAGUUAAAUCUGACAGUUGUCAUAUUUUAUUUGCAAUUUGGUAU